UGGACGCUUUACACUCUCUCUUUCAGCUUUUACACAGGACGAGUGGCCUUAUGGGUCCUCAGGAGGGACUUUUUCCCGCGGGUCACACGUUUCGUCGCGCGCCCCUUGACUCCUCAAAGUUGUCUCGUUCAUAAAAAUCCGAAGCACUCAGCUUGAACCCGGGCUGUUUUUCCUCUUCCCACUGUGCGUAAUUUCUCUCCUGGAUCGACAAGAAGGCGACACCACAACAACACGAGGACGAGGAUUCAGAGAGGCACUGAACAAAUCUGGGAAACAUGAAAACCGUGCUGAAUAUCUGCCUGGUUUUCCUCAUGCUCAGCAGCCCCGGCGUGCUGUCCUUGUCCACACAUGUAGCACUAAUCUACCCCCAGGACCCCGUCCUCCGCAUGGGGUCCAACCUGACGGCCAGCUGCUGGGUCCACCCUGACCUCGGCAUCCACGCCAGCUCUCUGUUCUGGACGCUCAAUGGUCAGCAGCUGCCCAGCUCCCUGUACAGAGUUCUGAGCCCGACCAACCUCAGCGUUACACUGGCAGGACUCAACGCCUCCAGGCAGACAUCCGGAGACAACCUGGUCUGUCAUAACCACAAGGGACACAUCCUGGCUGGAUCCUGCCUUUAUGUUGGCAUGCCUCCAGAAAAGCCGGUCAAUCUGACCUGCUGGUCCAGGAACACCAAAGACCUGACUUGCAGCUGGGCUCCGGGAGGAAAAGGAGAGACCAACAUUAGCACACAGUACAGACUCAAGUACAAACUCAGAUGGUACGGUAAGGAGAAGGAGUGUGAGGAUUACACUCACACGCAGCCGUACUCCUGCAGCAUCACCCGGGACCUGCACCUCUUCACGCCCUACGAGAUCUGGGUGGAGGCCUCCAACCAGCUUGGGCAAGCUACCUCUGAUGUCAUCACUCUUGACAUCCUAGAUGUGGUGACCACGGACCCUCCAUCAGGUGUCACAGUCAGUCGCGUUGGCCUGUUAGAAGACCAGCUGAGUGUUCGCUGGGAGGCCCCGCCUGCUCUCAAAGACUUCCUGUUCCAGGCCAAAUACCAGAUCCGCUACAGGCUGGAGGACAGCCAAGAUUGGAAGGUGAUGGAUGACGUGGGGAAUCAAACAUCCUGUAGACUGGCUGGACUCAGACCUGGAACCGUAUACUUUGUCCAGGUUCGAUGUAACCCUGUGGGAAUUUACGGCUCUCGUAAAGCUGGGAUCUGGAGCGAGUGGAGCCAUCCUACUGCUGCUUCCACACCACACAGCGAGCGGCUUAUGUCGGGCUCGUGUGACUCAAAGUCGAGCGGGGACUCCAACUCCACCCUGCGCAGGGAGCUGAAGCAGUUCUUCGGCUGGGUGCGGAAACACGCUUACGGCUGCAGCAGCAUGUCCAUGAAGCUGUACGACCAGUGGAGAGUGCUGAUGCAGAAGUCCCACAAAGCUCGCAACCAGGUAGGUUCUCCAAGGGGAUAAAUCCUAGCACAGGCUGACUUUACUAGCAGAACAGAAGAUGACAAAAAAGACUGUGUGAGUGCGUUUUUAUCUGUGUGUGUGUAUAUACAUGUGAAGAGAGCUUGUUUUCUUAUAUGGGAAUUAUAUGACAUUCUGCUCUGGACAUUUUGUGCAAAUACCAGCUGUGGAUACGAGAGGUCAUCCAAGGAGGAACUGGGGGAUUUUUCUUCUUUUACACAUCUCUUCUGGUCCACCGGUUUCUGUCUGAAAAGGUGCAACCAAGAAGGAUGGACUCGCACCGGACAUCCUGGUGUCAAAGAGACCACUCAGCUUUCCCAAAGACGCUGUGGCAAGAUUAAAGAUGUUUGCUCCAAAUGUGCUCAAAAAAGGAUUCUAACACACUUGGAAACCCCUGAGAGUGUUCGUUCACCUUUUUUUACUUCGUCCUGUGGAUCCAAAGCACCAUCUAGUGGCCGUUAAGCAUCUGUGGAGUCUCCAUGUCCAAAGCUUUCACUGUGGUCCUGAUGUAAAGAGAAAAGAUGACAAAUAUCACUCAGUAUUUCUACUUCAUGCUUUGUUAUAAGAGUGGAUAAGGUGCCAAACUGGUUCUGCCAGCAUUCAUGUGUGUCUGACAGUAUGUGAGUGUAAGUGGGUGAGUGUUGACAUUUCACUGCCUUUAUUUUUGUACUGAAUUGUACCAGCAUAUUUAAAACUGUAUAAAGUUAUGUUUUAUUUCCUAAGUUAUGUUUAGUUAGUAAAGAAAUACUAAAGACUGAA